CCUAUGGAUGCAAUGACAAGGUCCUCCAGGAUCUCGUAUGCGUGCGCCUUUGGCGCCACGUCCCAUCUCGUCUAUCAGAUCAUCCUACACGGCCAGUUCCCCGUUGACUUUACCGACAUUUCAUACACAUCAAGUAAGCCGACUGUAAGGUUAACCUCUGGUGGAAAGAGCGAUACAAAGAAAGCAUAGCUCCUAAAACAAUUACUGUGAAUAAAUGAUGAACAUAUCAAAGUGAAAAUAGACACUAAAUAUAAUAAUAAUAAAAAAAUUACUCCAUAUGUUGACUUAGAUAAUAAUAACUGUAUAUAUGUACAUAAACAGUGCCAAGGUGACGUUAACAGUACGCUGAUACAAAGAAUAGCAACAAAUUUAUUUAGUUUAUAGAAAUGACCCAGAGGCGUAGCGAGGGGGGCAGGGGUGACACAUGUCCAUGGGCGCCAGCUAGUGAGGGGCGCCAAAAUGUGUUUUGAUAUUAAUUUGUUGAUGAAAAUAAUGGGUUUGAGAGUUGAAAAAAAAAAUGGGCGCUUUAAUAUGGAUCUUGUCCCCGGGCGCGAAUCUUGUCCCCGGGCGCCAAACACCCUCGCUACGCCUCUGAAAUGACCCAAACGUUGAUGCGUCUCUGCCAAGCUUACAAAGCUUCACUCCCUGUACAGCUCUGAAAGUCGUCAUCUCCAUGCUCAUCUACGGUGUCGUGUUCUUGCCUGUGUUCGCAAGCCUGGCCCUGGACACAGCUUUCUCCUACGGCGUGGGCUCGCUGCACGUUUGGAUGUUUCUCGUUGUGGACGUUUUCCGCAUCAGUGAAUGCAGUUUGUCG